CUCGCGCGCAGGUGCGAAAAGGGCGCUCGUUAUUCCGAAUCACGACACGGAAGGCAGAGAUACGACCCUUAAGGUACUUCCGUGACCCCGUCCCGUGUUCCUGGCCGCGAGGAAGCGAGACUCGGCUCCUGGCAUCGCGGAAUUCUUGCCGUUUGCGCGUCCGACUGCGAACGAGGGCUAGGUUAGGUCGGUCGCGCGGCGGAACGGCGGGCGGCGCUGCGGACAUCGGCUGGCCGAGAAUAAUCGAAAUCAAUGCAAGUGCGGUGUUUCUUAGGGCCGCCGAGUGUCUCUAGGAAUCCGCCGAGAGUCCAUCAUGUCGAACGGGAUUGCGGUGUUGAACAGCAGGCAGGCCCAGAAUCGGGAGAACAUGCAAGGUACGACGGCCCUGAUCGAUUUUUCCCUCGCAGGCGGCCCUGCAUUUUUCACCUUUCCUAUUCGGCGGUUUGCAGGGUGCAACGCGGCGGCCGCCGUUGCGGAGGGGAAGCAGGGGUGGCCCUCGACUGGGAUGGAGCAGUCCAGCAUCUCGCAGGUUGCUCUUAAGAGACCGGCUGAUUCGGAUGGCGAAGGUGCCCCGAGCGCGAAAAAGAGACACAAAAAUCCUCAGCCAAAGAACGCGGUAUGUGCAUUGAACGAAUUGAAGGCAGGGGCCGUAUACAAAGUGGUAGGUCAGACCGGACCUACGCAUGCACCGAUAUUUACCAUAGCGGUACAGAUCGAUGGACAGACGUACGAAGGAAAGGGUCGCACGAAGAAGAUGGCCAAGCAUGCCGCCGCAGAACUCGCUUUAAGGAACAUCGUGCAAUUCAGAAACACACCGGAAGUACAUCAAGCUAUCAAUACGUGUCAUCCGGUCAUCCCGUUGGAGCCAGAUUUCACGAGCGACGUCACGGAGCGCGACAACCAUCUGGUUAACGCAUUCAAGACGGUGUCUCAAGAGCCAAAGAACACGAAUAAAUUCUUGGAGAAGGGGCCGGUCGCCCUGAUCAACGAACUGUACCCAGGAGUCGUGUAUAAGUGCAUUUCGGACAGUGGCGAGAGUUACGCAAAGUUUACAAUAGCAGUGACGAUCGAUGGGGAGACGUUUGAGGGGACCGGACCCAGCAAAAAGCUGGCAAAGGCAGCGGCAAGCAAGGCUGCUCUGGCGAAGCUGAAGAACGUCCAUAGCUCCUCGUUCGGCAUGCCUUUGCCAGCACGAGCAGUGCCGAACUUCUCCAGUCCUGUCCACUGGCAGGAGCAGAUGAACCUGCCGCAGAUGCUGGCGGACAAGAUUGGGAAAAUGGUGAACCAGAAGUUCACCGAGCUGAUGCAGGGCAAGCCUCAGCACGCCAGACGUAAGGUUCUCGCUGGCAUCGUCCAGACGAUGGGUUCCGAUGCAGAAUUAAUCUGUGUAACGACAGGUACCAAGUGCGUCUCCGGGGAGCACCUCAGCGUCAGUGGGAGCGCCCUGAACGACUGCCACGCGGAAGUGGUCGCUCGUCGUUGUCUCUGCGAGUACCUAUAUCAUCAGCUGGACCUGCACGCCCAGAAUAGGGGCGACGAGUCCAUCCUGGAUUCCGCGAAGAAGGGGUUCAAAGUGAGGCCGGGUAUUCAGUUCCACUUGUACAUAAACACGGCCCCUUGCGGCGACGCGAGGAUUUUUUCGCCCCACGAGGAGAACGAGUCCGUCGACAAGCAUCCCAACCGACGAGCCAGGGGCCAGUUGAGGACGAAGAUAGAAUCGGGCGAAGGAACCAUUCCCGUGAAAAGCAGCGAGGGCAUCCAGACCUGGGACGGCGUUCUUAUGGGCCAGAGACUGCUGACGAUGUCGUGUUCGGACAAAAUAGCUCGAUGGAACGUACUUGGCGUACAAGGUGCACUCCUAAGCCACUUCAUCGAGCCUAUUUACUUCCACAGCAUCGUUCUCGGCAGCCUGCUGAACCCAGGUCAUAUGUACCGCGCGGUGUGCGGUCGCCUCGAAAACACGAUCCAGGGCCUGCCUCCACCGUACAGACUCAACAAGCCGCUUAUGAGUUUAAUCACGUCUUCCGAAGUACGGCAGCCAGGGAAGGCACCUAACUAUAGCGUUAACUGGACCAUCGGCCAGCCGGAAGCCGAGGUGAUCAACUGCACGACGGGCAAGGACGAGCUGGGCAAGCCUUCCAGGAUCUCCAAGCAAGGCCUCUUCCGGAAGUUCUUCAGCCUCCUCGGGAAGCUCAGCACUAUCGACAGCGCGGACCAAAACGAGUGCCGCAUCUAUCUGGAUGCCAAGUCUUCCGUGCAGGACUACUCUCUUGCUAAACGCCAGCUGAAGGAUGCAUUUGUGAGGGCGCAACUGGGCAGCUGGGUGAAGAAACCGAUCGAGCAGGACAUGUUCGAGGUCGACAUGUGACUACUUGAGGAGGUCUCGGGACUGUCCCGGGGAUCCAUCAACCGGGCGGCGAGGGAUUACGAAGUUCCUAGCGUAAAAUAGACCGCUCGCUCGGCGUGUCACGUCUCGGCAGAAUUCGGCACCAGUAAAGCAUAAACCGUAGGAUCUCGCGCGCGCCGCCCGGCCCAGGCCCCGAAGCCGGAGCCGGCCCUGAAGAGCGGCCGCGCGCGGCACAAGGAACGGAACGCUCGGCGGAAAACCAGUGCCCAAAAGUGUCGGUCCUCGAGGUAGUCUUCGGCAACCGACGACGACGACGAGGCCGCCGCAAUCGUCCGUUUCGCGCGUAGACCACUUUUAUCAGCUAGGCCCGCGACGUAUUCCCGGCACCGCGUCGCCGGACGUUUCGUCAAUUUUUUCGACGAAUCUUUAGACUGGUAUAGGGAUAUUAAGGCAGGAUUUUUAGGUUCUCGUCGUAGGUCCUCUCGAGGGGUGGGAAGGGAGGCGGAGAAUAACACGAGAAGUAAAACGCGUAGCGGCCUUAGACUUUGCGUUCGUUUCGACGCGUUACGUGAGAAACCUUGUCGCGAUUCUCGGGAGUUACACGAGUCAGCACAUAUCUCUUGUAUUAGCCUCGUAACGGCGUUAACAUAAUCGUAGGAAUUAAAGGAGAUCGUUGGGUGGUAGUCUCGAUCCACCGGGAUGAAGACACCGGGGCUACACUCGGAGCGCCCGAGCGCUCGUUAGUACUCGAUGAGGAUCAGGAUCCCUCAUGGUUCUUAUGAGUUUUUUAACCGCUAGCGCUACCCCGUCGCGAGCAGACACGAGCCCAGAGCGUAGUUACCAGGAUUCUCGGUUAGCGGUAUCGCAACUUGAUCCCAGAAAUCCGAAUACUGACUCUUCGGGGUAUCUUAACUUUCCUCCUUUCGUUUCCACUCGCCGUGGUGCGCGGUUCUUCCGGUAGACGGCGAAGCUUAGGCCGCUGUAAGGGAGCUCGGACUUUUAUUAAGCUGCAGUUUCUCGAAACACGCCGCGAGUCUCUACUCUUAGCCUCGCGACAUGUACUCCCUAGUGCUUUAGGAACCUCGAGGCGCAUUAUCUUGAAACGGCAUACAUAUGCAUAUAUAACACGUAUAUAUAUAUAUCGUGCGUUCGGUAACACUUUUUGAAGGCUGUGACCCGUAACGAAGGUUGGGCGAGGUCCGGGAACGCGAGGGAAUCCGCAGAUUGCCUCUUCGUCCGGAGCUAUCGGGGAUGGCGCGAAUGCGUCACGCUUCGUAGCGAGACAAACAAUGCGUUGUAUAAAGUCAUUACGGAGAUAUUACCGAUGUAUGAGCGCGGAUUGCCGUCCCUGGAGAGGGCGCGAAAUGAGGGGAAAGAGAUAUCGAGAUAGCCGAGCCCUUGUUUCCAUUUUAUCCCGCGAUGAACAGACGUGUUAGUUUCUCCUUGACGGGCGCCAUUUCCGUCUUGCUUAUGUCCGAAAGGGAGAGGGAAGAUGAAGGGGGAGAAGGUAGAGAAAUGAAGCGUCGCCUGCAGCUGCAGGCCGUUUGUUCGAGCUAGGCAUUCAUACCAGGAGGGUGGUCCAUUACGCGUUCGGAAUGUACAUUCAAGUGAUGCACCCUGUACAGCAAUUGUGUCCCGGGACAGAGCGAAUCGGCGAGGGCUCCUCUUCGGGGAGUCGCGUCUGCUCCCCUCUGGAGCUGCCCCGAGGACGCUCGUUACUCCACGCUGAAGAUUCUCGUUUCUCGCUCGAGCGGCACGGUCGCGUUAUGCUUAGGAGUGCACGCGGAUGCACCGAUCGCCGUCCCCAUCCCUGUAAUUAUGCAAGGUCGAUCGUCUCGUAUACGGUAUAUCCUCGAGGAGGAGAAGUUGAACCCGCGAGGCGGCGACGGAGAAAGAGCUAGAACGCUUAGGUCGACGUAGAGUCCAGGAAGCGCGAGGUGUUGGACCUCGAUUAGUCGCUUAGAGAGUCCUAAGAUUAUUGCCUCACUGUGCCAGUAUUAUUACUAAUGCAAUUCUGCCGUAGUGACACACUGCCCGAUGUCGGUCCACUUUUGCGCCCGGGUAGAACCUUCGGCUGCGGUAUUUUCCAUGUUCUUUUUUCCCCUCUUCUUAUUUUUUCCCUACUUUUUCCGCGUCCACCCUGGACGCUCGAGUUUGUAUUCGACGUCGAUCGAGCGCCGAUUAGUCCAGCGGUACUAACGAUGCCGUAGAGGUAUUGCCAAAGGUUACCUAAUAACUAGGUAUUUCUCAAUUAAGACACGGGGAUGUAUACCCGUGGACCGUGGACAUUCUGUAAUUAGCGGACACGCCGCCAGGAAGGUCUCCGAUGAGGCCCGAGAUGUGGUCGCCUUUUACAUCCCGUCUUCGGCUUUGAUUUCUUUUACCAGGCCGUGUACCUGAUUUCACGUUAAUUCGGAUGUUAAUUUAAUUUUUGGGAGAAUCCCUCUCGGUCACGCUUUUUCGGAGACCUUCCUGCACGUCUCUGUAAGUAGUAUCGCUAGGUGAUAACACCCACGGCUCCAGGAUAACGACGCGCGAUGGCCCGGGCGACGUAGUCGCUUUCGAGACCCCGACGAGCCUCCGCAGCUUGUUAAUCGUUUGCUCACCGUCAGGGUGUUCCCAAGUUGGUAACAGUGCCUCGUCUAGGGAUUAGAUGGAGGAGGCUAGUCGCGGUACCAUGGGGCACCCUUAAGGGGGUGCGAAAGUGCCAUCCGAAAGCUCGGUCGUUCGUGAAACUUUUCCACAAACUGAGUAUACCAAACCGUCUCUAACUUUACAAGACGAACACGAGGGCUAUAAGGAAGGUCCUGACCCUCAUGGAAUUUCAUAUUUUAUGAGAAAUUUUGAAAAUACCGAUGAACCAAUU